AUGGAGGACAGCUUUUACAAGGCUUGGGUGACAGUCAUGGGCCCUGAUGUGGAACAGCUGUACUGUUCAUGGCACGUUCUAAAAUCGUGGAAGCUGAACACAAGGAAAAAAAUUAAAAAUAAAGAAACACAAGCACUUACCUUCAAAAUUCUCCAGGGCCUGUUAUAUGAAUUGGACAAAGAAACAUUCCAUCAACUGUUGGACAAAGCAAUAGAAAAACUAAAAAACGACUCUGAAACAAUUGGAUUUGUGGAAUACUUCGUAGAUCAAUAUGUAAGGCAUGAAAAGUUUAAGAGUGUGUCAUGUUCGUCCUGGUACGAUGACCCGGCAGCCCAGGUCAUUCAAGACGUGUUGUCUACUCUAGUGGAAGGUGACUGUACACUUGCCUGUCCCCUGGACUACCCACCACCCUACCAUCCCAUAGAUGGUGACUACUUUGAUUUCAUCGUCGUGGGUGCCGGGUCUGCAGGGAGUGUGGUCGCCAACCGACUGUCCGAGGUAACCGGGUGGAGAGUGCUGUUAAUAGAGGCUGGAGGAUAUCCUACGAAGACUUCAGAAAUCCCAAGCUACGCAGAUCAACUUCAACUGUCUGACAUAGAUUGGCAAUACAAGACUAGCCCUGAGGAGCCAAACUGUUUAGCAUGCGAAGGUAGAAGGUGCAACUGGCCAAGAGGAAAAGUAUUAGGAGGAUCCAGCACGAUUAAUGGAAUGCAAUACAUGAGAGGAAAUCCAAGAGAUUAUGACAGUUGGGGAGCUGAUGGUUGUGUUGGUUGGGGAUACAAGGAUGUUUUGCCAUACUUCAAGAAGUCUGAAGACAUAAGAUCACCUGAAGUGCUCGCAACCCCUGAUGUAUUGAAUUAUCAUGGCUUUGGAGGGGAGUUGAAAAUAGAAGAUUUCUUUACUACUUAUGAAAACCCAGUAGCAAACGUGUUUGCUGCAGGGAUGGCUGAACUUGGCCACUAUAUCAACUUAGAUGCGAACGGAAGAUUUCAGUCUGGGUUUAAUAAAUUCCAGGGAACAUUAGAGAAUGGUAGGAGAUGUAGCACGGCCAAGGCCUUUUUGUCACCAAUAUCUGAAAGAGAAAAUUUCAAAUUGGCGACAAACCUAUUGGCUUCUAAGGUACUUAUAGAUGAAGCAAGCAAAACAGCUUACGGUGUCGAUGCUAUAGACAUUACAGGUAGACUAGUUAGAGUCUAUGCUAGGAAGGAAGUAAUUGUGUCUGCAGGAACUAUCAAUACUCCUCAAUUGCUUAUGUUGUCAGGCAUAGGCCCAGGAAGACAUUUGAGCAGUUUUGGAAUAAAUGUGGUAUCAGAUUUGCCAGUCGGAUUAAAUCUUCAAGAUCAUUCUUUCGGACAAGGUAUUUUAUUAACAUUCGACUAUAUAAAACCUUCAGCAAACGAAACGCUUCAAGAAGAUAUGUUGAAAUUUCUUCUAAAUAAAAGAAGUAGAUUGUCUACUAUUGGAUUAGAUUCAUUCAAUGCAUACAUCAAUACUGAAAACCCUUCAAUAGACUAUCCAGACUUUCAAAUUUUACUUACUGACUUUGCCAAAAACGACUCAUUACGUGUGAUAAAAUAUAUGGAAAACGCUGGUUUUGUUGAUGGUGUUAUACGUCAAUAUUUAGACAUCAAUGCUCAUUCAUACAUGAUACUCUUUAGGACUUCUCAUUUGAAACCCUACAGCAGAGGAAGAAUCGAGCUGCAAAGCAAAGAUCCACGGGUACAUCCAAAACUUAUAGCAGGCUAUUUUACUGACCCUAGAGAUGUUGAUGCUUACAUAAGAGCAAUCGAGCUAUAUUACAACUUGGUAAACACAGAACCAUUUAUGAGAAUCGGUGCUAAGCUGCAUGAAAUCAAGAUACCAGCUUGUAUGCAGUUUCCUUUCUUAUCUCGUGAUUAUAGGGAUUGUUUCUUGAGACAUUUAACGACGACUCAGUACCACCAGGUGGGAACGUGUAGGAUGGGAGACCCUAAUCGUCCAGAGACAGUCGUAGACCCUAAACUGAGGGUCAAAGGAGUUAGGGGUCUCAGGGUCAUUGAUGCAUCUAUCAUGCCUACAGUCACCAGAGGUAACACGAAUGCUCCUACAAUCAUGAUUGGAGAGAAAGGAGCCGACCUGGUCAAGGAAACUUGGCUCCACCAUAGGACAAGAGCACACUAUAACAAACUAAACCAGUUUAUAAAUAUACUCGGAACGUAAUUUUAAAUAUAGUUGUGGUACAUUAUAGUUGUUGAUACGAAAUUUGUUUAAUAUAUAUUUUUUACUUUUGUAUAUUUGCACAACAAUGAAGAUUAUUAUUUUAAUUCCAUUAAUAAAUCAGUUACAACUUUUCUAAGAAUAUUUGUUUAGAUGUGUGUAAACUAUAAUUUUGACUAAAAAACUAAACUAAAUACAUUUUAUUUUCGUGGUGGAAUGCUGUUAUACACACCAAUAGUAAUUUGAGUUGAACCUUAUGUUGUAUGAGUAUAAAGUAAAAUCUAGCAGUUCUACAACUCGUUGUGAAAAGUUUUCAAAACAACGGUGACGUGGUGUUUGCUACCAGUGUUUACCUGUUGAUAGUACAGUUGGUCUAGACCCAUACAAGUAGCAAAGCUUUGUAAUGCUUGGUUAUGAAUGGUUACAAGUUAACUAGCAUUAGUUGCUCGCAUAUAAACAAACGCUUUUCUUACACACAUAUUUUUUAGUUUAAUAUGAUUCUC